UCAGCCCAGGAGGAAGUUCUGCCGGGCGCUCUCCGCUGGUGCCUCCCUCGCUGUAUUGUUGAACAGGAAACCGGGCUGCGCGGGAGCUGGGCGGUGGAGGAGGGAGCACCGGACGCCGAAACCACGCGCGCCUGCCGGGACAAGCGGAGGCGAAGCCAGUGAGCGGACACCCCGAGCUCCUGCGCCCCGAGGUCUCCCGGGCCUAGCCCUUGCAAGCCCUGCCCAAGGAGAUGGCCGGGGCCUAACCUGCAUCCAUCCGCUGGCUCCGCCCGUCCAGCCCAUGGGCCCGCAGAGACCUGCCCUGCCAACGGCAACGCCACGGCCGCGAUGGCGGCGGACAUCGAGGGGGACGUGUACGUGCUGGUGGAGCAUCCCUUCGAGUACACGGGCAAGGACGGGCGCCGCGUCGCCAUCCAGCCCAACGAGCGCUACCGGCUGCUGCGCCGCAGCACGGAGCACUGGUGGCACGUCCGGCGCGAGCCCGGCGGCCGCCCCUUCUACCUGCCCGCGCAGUACGUGCGCGAGCUGCCGCCCCCUGCCGGCCUCCUCGGGAACGCGGGCAGCCUCAAGGCCUGCAGCGUGGCGGGCUCCUGGGUGUGCCCGCGACCCCUGGCGCGCAGCGACUCCGAGAACGUCUACGAGGCCAUCCAGGACGUGCGCGGCCCGCCGCGGGAGGAGCGCCCGCAGCAGCUGAUGCCGAGGGAUCUGGGGUCCGAUGGAGGGUGGGAGAGAAGUCGGGAUGAGUCCCAGUCUCCCAGUUGCACACCUGGCAGAUGGUGGUCUGUUUAUUCGGCGCCGGCCUGGACUAGAAGGAGCCCCAGGGCCCUGGUUCCCUGUCCUCUCCUGAGAACUGUGGACGACCCCCCGGAGGAGCCCGUGUACGAGAACGUAGAGCGGCAGCCUUCGGUCCCUUCGCCGGGCGCCAGCGCGCCCCCCCGGCCCCCGGCGUGGGAGACGCACACGGACGCGGGCAGCGGGCGUCCCUACUACUACAACCCAGACACGGGCGUGACCACGUGGGAGUCGCCCUUCGAGGCUGCUGAGGGCGCCGCCAGCCCGGCCACCUCCCCGGCCUCGGUGGGCAGCCGCGAGAGCCUCGAGACCGACUGGGGUCAGUAUUGGGAUGAGGAGAGCCGCAGGGUGUUCUUCUACAACCCGCUGACGGGCGAGGCCGUCUGGGAGGACGAGCCCGAGGACGAGCCCGAGGACGAGCUGGAGAUGCAGCCGGGCCUGAGCCCGCUCAGCCCCCGGGAGCUGAGGCCCCCUACCCCUGAGACGGAUUACCCCGAGUCGCUGACCGGUUACCCGGAGGAGGACUAUUCCCCGGUGGGCUCUUUCAGUGAGCCUCGGUCCACCUCGCCUUUGGCCGCGCCCCCCGGCUGGUCUUGCCAAGUGAACCCCGACGGGCAGACGCUCUACACCAACCACUUCACCCAAGAGCAGGUACGGGCAGCGGGCACAUGUGCCCGGACAAAAACGGGCCCCACCACACACCCUACCGCUCCAGCCAGAAAUCUCUAA